GUCAAUUCAAGUCAAGUGUAAAUAGAAAAAACAAGCAGAUUUAUUUUUAAUAAUAUUUCGUGAAUAAAAUACUGUCUGUCUGUUUUUCUGUUUCUGUUUUGUUCGUUUCGUGCUACCUAGGUAUUUGGCCGGCUUGGCCCUCCCUCCGCUUUUAUCUGAUUUUGCAUUGCACUUGUUUGCUAUCUGAUUGUGAGCCUUCUGAAUUGUGGGCUUUUUGACUGUUUAUACGUCCUAACAUCGAAUAUAUUUUAUCCUGACAGUGUGCCAAUUAAACAAACACGGAUUUUGAGUGCUAAAUUAUGGCAUCAAGUGUAGGUUCUACAGAUGGCCCUAGUGGAGAAUGUGAGGAGCCUGAAGACUCCUCUUCACCUGUGGCUGAAGUCAGUGAAGGCCUGGCCAAUAUUGAUUUGGAGGAACCCCAGGAUGAGCUGUCAGCAUUCCGCCAGCAAUGGCAGCAGGAGUUGGAGUCUACCCCCACUACAGACACAGAAAGAGAGGAGGAAAAUAGGGAUGAACACAAGAUGUCUCAAAGCGAUGAAGACAAGGAUGAGCUGUCGGCGUUCCGCCAGCAAUGGCAGCGAGAAUUGGAGUCUACCCCCACUCCUGGCACAGAAAGACAGGAGGAAAAUAGGGAGGAACACAAGCUGCCUCAAAGCGAUGAAGACAAGGCGAAAUCGUUAUUCAUGCGAGCCGUGGAACUAGAACGUGGUGGGGAUUUAUAUGAAGCUAUUCAGCAUUACAAGCGUGCGAUGCAGAUCCUGCCUGACGUGGAGAGCAGGCUGUACGAGAGCGGGGAGCUCGGAGACGAGCCUGAAGAACAAUCAGAGCCAGAGGAGGCCCCGACAGAGAAUAACAACCAGAGUGAUGAUGAGGAAUGGAUCGAGGGUGAAGAUCUGCUGGCGCGGAUCCAACGCCUCGUGGCCAAGAAGGGAACUUUUUGUGAACCUGAACAUCCUACCAAGGAGACGCACAUAUCGUGUCUGCCCAGCGAGGUGGUGUCGCUGGUGCUGCGCUGGGUGGCGGGCGCCGAGUGCGACGCGCGGUCGCUGGAGCGCGCCGCCGCCGCCAGCCGCGGCUGGCUGCUGCUGGCGCGCGCCGCGCCGCUCUACCGCGACCUGUGUGUGCGAACAUGGGGCGUAGAAUGCGGCACCCCCCGCGCCCUGGGAUUCCCAUCAUGGCGCGACAUGUACAUUUCCCGGCCUCGGCUUUUACUGCACGGCUGCUACAUCAGCAAGACGACGUACCUCCGCCAGGGGGAGAACUCAUUCCAGGAUCAAUUUUAUAGGCCGCUGUUCCUCAUCAAUUAUUAUAGAUAUCUCAGGUUCUUCCCGGAGGGUACAGUGCUGAUGUGGACAACUGCUGAAGAACCGGCCUCGUGCGUGUCGCAGCUGAAGACAAGGCAGCCUAAGGCCAGCCUCGGCAUCAUGGCGGGCCACUAUAGACUCAUGGGAGACAAGGUUGUGAUAGUAAUAAAGAAGUGUCCCGACAAAAAGCAGCCGCAGUCAAUCAACUCCAGGUUCCGCUCCAGAAGGCGAGACGCGCCUGAACAGCACGACCAGAUCUACCAUGUGGAAUUGGAACUCCGAGACGUGCGGAGCAGGCGCAACUUCCAGCUGGCGUGGCGCGGGUACUCCAUCUGCACGCGGCGCGAUCAGCGGACCCAGUUCGACAUCACGCCGGCCAAGUUCCCGCCUUUCAUGUUCAGCGGCGUCAGGAGCUACAUGGCAGAGUCUGCGGCGCCGUUGUAGUGAGAGGGAGACGGUAAUGCGUCCUACAGCAAACUUUAAGUAAGUGUCGUAAUAAAUGAAUUGUUAGUUACAUCAAUUAUUACAACUGAUAUGCAAUUUGAGAUAAGUGUACAAAAAUUGUAGAUUAAGUAUCUGCUCCAGUGCAAUGCAAAAAUAAGUCAUAUGAUGAAAUAAAAGUGAACUAUAUUUUUACAUUUCGGCCAAGCCAUUUAGAAAAUAUUCUGUUAAUUUAAUAUCUUAGCUGUGAAUUAAUUUUAUGGUUUUUUAAGUUUGUACAUUGUUGAAACUUCUGAUACUUUUAAUUAGUGACUUAAUUGUUAGACAUUUGAAGACAUAAAUAGAUUUUUAACUUAAUGUACGCUUAUCUUAUUUAAGACUUUCUGGCCUUAUUACAAUACGUUUCCUGUUUAAGAUAUUAAGAAUAAUAACGGUUGAUAAAAUAAUUACAUCGGCUAAGCGUGAGUCGGGGUGAACUUUUAACAAUUCUGUGUAUAGGUAUAUUUUUUGUGAUAAAUAGGUUUCUGUGUUUUCCUAAGGUUUUCAUUUGUAUAAAUAUUAAAAAUAAUCGCUCUUACAUUGCAAACAUAUUUUUGGAUAAGAAAAUGAAGAAGAUGAAAUCCCAUAAAAGUAGAACUAAACGUGAAUAAAGAAUUCUGGAUAAAAAGAUAAUGUAUUCUUCCGAACAGUAAGAACAUCAGUUUUUCUAAAACUAUAAACAUGUAUUUUUUUUAAAUAGGCUGCUAAAGUGUAAAUUUAACAUAGGUUGACUAUAACCCUGUUGUUCAGAAUUAUUUAUGUAAUUUAUUUUAACUUAACAUUUUAUUUAUCAGUGAAAUUUUGCGUAUAGGUAUUAUUACUAUUUAUUUCAAACAUUCAAAUACCACUUUUUGAUUUAGUCUCGCGCUCAGCACCAGUAAUUGUGACAAGUGCUUUGUAUACUAGUCUUAAGUUUAAUAAACCUCUUGUGAAAUUA